AUGUAUCUCCACCAGUGCAUCCCUCAGUUCUUCACCCGAAAUGAAUCACGCUUCAAUAUCUCGUGCUCUUCUUCUCACCUUGCAGCAUCUUCGGACACUGGUGUUGAAGGAAUAACAUCAGCUAAAUUUGUCUCUACGGGCUUGGAGGAUGCUAAGGAAAGAAUAUCAAAGCUGAUUCAAAAGGCUGAACUUUCUAUCUCGACAUAUGACACGGCAUGGGUUGCUAUGGUUCCUUCUCCAAAUUCAUUUCAAGAACCCUGUUUCCCAGGGUGCCUCGAAUGGCUGCUGGAGAACCAGUGCCCUGACGGCUCGUGGGCCCGUUCUCACCAUCAUCCUUUGUUAAAAAAAGAUGUGCUUUCUUCUACGUUAGCAUGCCUUCUCGCACUCAGAAGAUGGGGAGUUGGUGAAGAACAAAUCAAGAAGGGUACUCAUUAUAUAGAGACGAAUUUUGCGUCGGCCGUUGAUGAGUAUCAGAUUGAUCCUUUGGGAUUUAUUGUCAUUUUCCCGGCCAUGCUUGAUUAUGCCCGAGACUUAUUAUUGGAGCUUCGUGUGGAAGAGACUACGUUGACUGAUCUGAUACGUAAAAGUGAUCGAGAGCUUAAAAGGUGCUAUAAGAGUCGCUCAGUAGAGGAAGAAGCUUUCUUGGCAUACACUGCUGAAAGAAUUCGAAAAUCACCGAACUGGACGACAUCAAUCAUGAAAUACCAAAGAAAAAAUGGAUCACUUUUCAACUCUCCAUCCACAACAGCAGCAGCUUAUAUCGGCCUUCAAAAUUCUGAUUGUCUUAAUUACCUUCACUCAGCCGUAAAGAAAUUCGGGAGUGCAGUUCCGGCUGUUUACCCUCUGGAUUUAUAUUCUCGUCUAUCCACGGUUGAUAAUCUAGAAAACUUGGGGAUUAGCCGGUAUUUUCCAGAGGAAAUUAAAGUUUUACUGGAUGAAACAUACAGAUGCUGGGUGCAGGGUGAUGAGGAGAUAUUCUUGGAUGCAUCAACUUGUGCUUUAGCAUUCCAGCUAUUACGAAUGAAUGGAUACAUUGUAAAUUCAGAGCGUUUAACAGGAAUUAUAGAAGAAUGCCUUUCGAGUUCCUUCCGUGGAAGUAUGAUAGACGUCCACACCACUCUUGAACUAUAUAGAGCAUCACAAGUCAUACUAUCUACAGAUGAAGGAGAUUUAGAAAAACUAAAUUUAAGGCUUAAACACUAUCUCGAGCAGAAGCUAUCCCAUGGGUUAACAUAUUCAAGCCAACUUGGCAGAAACAUUGAGCAAGAGGUGAAGCAUGCUCUGCAAUAUCCCUUUUAUGCAAUUAUGGAACGGGUUGCAACACGUCGUAAUAUCGAGUGUUAUACCUCCAAUAGUACAAGAAUUCUGAAAACUUCAUAUUGUUCACCGAAUCUUGGCAACAAAGAUUUCCUUUUACUGUCAGUAACGGACUUCAACAGGUGCCAAGCCAUACACCGUGACGAACUCAAAGAGCUCGAACGAUGGGUUGUGGAGAACAGAUUGGACGAGCUGAAGUUCGCGAGAAGUAAGUCUGCAUACUGUUACUUCUCAGCGGCAUCAACUAUUUGGGCACCCGAACAAUCGGAUGCCCGCUUGUCGUGGGCCCAAAACGCCGUUCUCACUACAGUGGUUGAUGAUUUUUUCGAUGUUGGAGGUUCUAUUGAGGAAUUAAAAGACUUGAUUCAUUUAGUCAGAUUGUGGGAUGAUGCUGAUGUCACUACACAAUGCUUUUCAAAGAAUGUGAAGAUAAUAUUUUCUGCUCUCAGGCGCACAAUAUCUGAAAUUGGAGAAAAAGGAUUCAUACGACAAGGACGUAAUGUGACCAACCAUAUAAUCAAUAUCUGGCUGGAUUUGCUAAAUUCAAUGAUGAAAGAAGCCGAAUGGGCCCGAGACAACUACCUUCCAACAAUGGAUGAGUAUAUGAGCAAUGCAUAUGUCUCGUUUGCCCUCGGCCCAAUUGUCCUGCCCGCACUUUAUCUAGUUGGGCCCACGCUCUCAGAGGAGAUGGUCCAGAAUCCUGAGUUUCAUAAUCUAUACAAACUGAUGAGUACAUGCGGACGCCUCCUAAACGAUAUCCAAACUUGUGAGAGAGAGCUGAAGGACGGCAAACUGAAUGCGGUACCUUUGUAUAUGAUUAACAGUGGUGGUAAAAUCAGUAAAGAAGCUGCUGUUAUGGAGAUGAAAAGAAUGAUUGUGAGUCGAAGGAGAGAAUUGUUGAGUCUGGUUCUUGAAGAAAAAUGCAGUGUGAUUCCUAAAUCCUGCAAGGCUUUGUUUUGGCAUAUGAGCACUGUGUUGCACCUGUUUUACGUUAAAGAUGAUGGGUUUACCUCGCAAGAGUUGAUCAAAGUUGUAAAUCAAAUGAUUUAUGAACCAAUUGUUCUGAGUGAGUGA